AUGGCCAAUAUCGACCCGCCAGAUUACAAAGCUUCCUUUCUGAAAGAGCAAGAGAGACGCAAGCAGGCGGAAGAUGACGCAAGAAGAGAGAAACAGAUACGAGAGGAACUUCAAGAGCUCAGCCGACCGACCACUUUCGCGGAGUUCUUGCGCCAUUGCCAUAACCUGCUCUCCCGGCCGCUGAGUAUCGAGACACCAUCUCGCUCGCGACACGCCGCAAACGAACCUUCAGUCAGGUUCCGUCCUCGCCAUCUACCCAACGUGUGGCUCGACAAAGAGAGACAAGCGAUGAUAGGAGCCAGAUAG